ACCUCUUCAAAAGGAGAGACAGAAGGGUUUAUCUGUAUACCUGUACACGCCCAUCGCUUAUUUCAACGGCAGAUAUAUUUUUAUCGUCGAUAGACGGCAGUGUAAAAGUGUCUUUAGAAGAAACAAUAAGAUAUUUGAAGUGACUGAAAACACACGUUUGGAGAGUAUGGAGGCUAUUUCAAAACAUGAUUUCACAGCAACAGCAGAUGAUGAACUUAGCUUCUGUAAAGGGCAAGUUCUAAAGGUUUUGAAUGUUGAAAAUGACAUGAACUGGUAUCGAGCAGAACUUGAUGGAGCUGAAGGACUUAUACCGAGUAAUUACAUCGAAAUGAAGAAGCAUGACUGGUAUUAUGGCAGGAUUACAAGAGUAGAUGCAGAGAAACUACUUCUAAAUAAACAUGAAGGAGCGUUCCUUGUUCGAGUUAGUGAGAGUUCUCCAGGAGACUUCUCACUUUCUGUCAAGUGUGGUGAUGGUGUUCAACACUUCAAAGUUUUGCGUGAUUCUCAAGGCAAGUUCUUUUUGUGGGUGGUCAAGUUUAACUCUCUAAACGAACUGGUAGAGUACCAUCGAUCUGCAUCUGUAAGUCGUGUCCACGACAUCAAAUUGAAGGACAUGCAUCCUGAAGAGUUUUUGGUGCAGGCUCUAUAUGACUUCCAAGCCCAGGAAUCAGGUGAACUAGAAUUUAGACGGGGUGACAUUAUCACAGUUAUUGAACAUUCAGAUUGCAACUGGUGGGAGGGGGAGAUUGGGUCCAAGAGAGGGUUUUUCCCUGCAACCUAUGUUGUUCCUUAUCACACAUAGUAGUACAUUGGAUGUGAAAUUGAAGGAACUCCAAAGUAAGCUGUAACAACUUAAGAAAAUUCUGUUUUCACUGCUGAAAUGGAUUAAUAUUAACUGUUUGGAUAUAUGACAUAUAUAACCCUUCCUUAUUCAAUUUACAUGUUUUUGAAUUUACUUAGUUGUUAUAACUUAAAUGCUUCUUUUUUUUUCUUUGAAGCAAUUUUUUUUUUUUUCUGAAAACUGUUUUUAUUUAAAAUAUUUUGUGUGUGCACCAUUUUGGAAGUUUUUCUCUGUGAGAGAUGUUGGUAUAUUAAAAAUAACAAAGUAUCAGCUGUGAAUGAGCAUUACAGUUACUCAGUAAACUGCUGAAUGACAGUGUUUCUAUCAACAAACCAGAAAAGCUUACUGUUCAAGUUAUUAUGGUUUACAAAAGUAUUCUAGUAAUGCUUAUUUAUUCAUUGAUAUAAAAGAAAGAUAAAAGUAUCAUGCUGUAAAGAAUAUUAUAGAUUAUCUCUGAGUUGAUAUUGAUAAAACGUUUUUUGUGUGUCUUUAUAUUCUGAUUUUCUUAAGAUUUCACUAAAACUCGAUAUAUUUUACAUAAAAGUGUACCUAUUUCAAAGGUAUAUAAAGUAUCAAUGGCUUUAUGUAACUUUAAAAAUUAUUGUUAGUGUAAUAUCAAAACCUACAAAUUAUGUAUAUCAACUUUAAAGAUCUAGUUAUUGAAACUUAGGUAUGUUUAUAGUUGAUUGGCUAAGAAAUCUUGAAGAUUCAGGAAUUCACUUAGUGUGAUGGUGAGGAUGAACUUUUGAAAGAUAGUGUAUGUGAUCAUACCUCAUUUUUUUACUUUUUUAUACCAGAAAUAUUUCUGAUCUUAAGAUUUUUUCUUGUUUACAAGUAUACUGCCAUCUCCUAACGCGAAAAGAUUUUUUACACACUUUUUUUCUUCUGAAUGUGAAAAAUUUUGAAAUAUUUUUACAUUUUAUAGUGAUUUAGUGAAAAUACAGAAAUCCUCUAUGAUGCUUUUGUAAGAUACUGAUGUUUCCAAGCACAAUAACAUGAAACAUGUAACUUGAAAUUAUCAUUCAACUUAACUUUUAGAAAGUUUCUACUUAAUGAUUCUUAAAGAAUAGCUUGUUGUACACCACAAGUGUCUAACAAAUGAAAUAAAGUUACUGAAAAUCACAGUGUUACUUUAGAUACCAACUUAGUUAACUUUCAACAUUACAGACAACAUUUAGAAACAAGCUGUGAAUGUAGGCAGUACCAUUGCUUCUUAUUGAGAGUUGUUAUGAACGUAACAGUUAGAAGCUAGAUUAUUUACCAACCUGCAAAUGUAGGCAGUACCGUCGCCAUAUCUCUCUGAGAGUUGUAUGAACAUAACAGUUAUGAGCUGGAUUAUUUACCAACCUGUGGAUGUAGGCAGUACCAUUGCUGCAUAUCACUGAGAGUUGUUUGAACGUAACAGUUAUGAGCUAGAUUAUUUACCAACCUGUGACUGUAGGCAGUACUGUCGCUGCAUCUCACUGAGAGUUGUUAUGAACGUAAUAGUUAUGAGCUAGAUUAUUUACCAACCUGUGAAUGUAGGCAGUACCAUUGCUGCAUAUCACUGAGAGUUGUUAUGAACGUAACAGUUAUGAGCUGGAUUAUUUACCAACUUGUGAAUGUAGGCAGUACCAUUGCUGCAUAUCACUGAGAGUUGUUAUGAACAUAACAGUUAUGAGCUGGAUUAUUUACCAACUUGUGAAUGUAGGCAGUACCGUCGCUGCAUAUCACUGAGAGUUGUUAUGAACGUAACAGUUAUGAGCUGGAUUAUUUACCAACCUGUGAAUGUAGGCAGUACCAUCACUGCAUCUCACUGAGAGUUCUUAUGAAUGUAACAGUUAUGAGCUAGAUUAUUUACCAACCUGUGAAUGCAGGCAGUACCAUCACUGCAUCUCACAGAGUUCUUAUGAACGUAACAGUUAUGAGCCGGAUUAUUUACCAACUUGUGAAUGUAGGCAGUACCAUUGCUGCAUCUCACUGAGUUGUUAUGAACAUAACAGUUAUGAGCUGGAUUAUUUACCAAUCUGUGAAUGUAGGCAGUACCAUUGCUGCAUCUCACUGAGUUGUUGUGAACGUAACAGUUAUGAGCUGGAUUAUUUACCUACUUGUGAAUGUAGUCCGUACCAUUGCUUUUUAUUGAGAGUUGUUAUGAACGUAACAGUUAGAAGCUAGAUUAUUUACCAGUCUGCGAAUGUAGGCAGUACCGUCGCUGCAUCUCACUGAGAGUUGUUAUGAAUAUAACAGCUAUAAGCUGGAUUAUUUACCAACCUGUGAAUGUAGGCAGUACCACUGCUUCUUAUUGAGAGUUGUUAUGUACUUAACAGUUGGACUAUGUACCAGUGUAGGUAAUAAGUACCAUCACUUAUUGUUGAGAACUGUUAUAAAUCAGAUCUCCUCAGGCAGCUUGGUUAUUGCACCUGAAGUAGCCCCUAGUGGCUCAGUGGGAACUCUAAAGGCUUUUAAUGCUAGAAACCAAGUUUUGAUACCCGUGGGUGGCACAGCACAGUUAGCCCAUUGUGUAGUUUACACUUAACUACAAUUAAAUGAAUAUAGCACCCACAGUCAUAGUUCUGUUACUAGUUGAAACUCUCACUAAAUAUAUUAAAAGCUUGAAACUUUUAUAUUGCAUAAUCUAACAUAGUUUGAAACUUUCAGAGUUUGAUGAAACAUCACAGUUUUAUACUACAGUGAUGUUUAAUACUUUGUUAUAAGUUGCAAGAAAAAUUUAAAUCCUGUUACAGUCAGCUGAGAAUGUAUUUUAUUACACUGCCUUGCCUAGAAGGUUCAAUAUACUUCCAAAUGUAGCAUUAUACCCUUAGAGUCUGGUGGCAUAGGUUAAUUACCGAAAGAAAGUGGAACAUUUUAAAACAUAUUUUAAGUUUCACUAUUUACAAUUUAAAUUAUAUCCUUAACAAAAAGGCAGUAAUAAGUGAUAAAAUUAAAAUAUCAUAUUACCUAGUUCUCUCCUGUUUUAUUGUACUACACAUUUAUAUAAUGCUAAAACAUUGAAAGUUAAACACAUAAAAUUGACUGGUUCUCUGAACCAGUAUUAUAUAAAAUAAAUUGUAUUAUUGUUAUCAUUAAGCAUUAUAACACUAUGAAACUUGUGAUAAAAAUAUCUGCUGUUUUACUGACAUUUAUAGCACUGUCUUACCAUCUCACAGUGUUGUAGUUUAUCCUGUUACAAGCAAUCUUGUGAUGUGGCAUUACACAUUGUUUAUUUCUUCAAACUUCAUAAACAAAAGUGUAUAUGUGCUUUUACAGCCAUUGUCAUGGUUAAGGCUACAUAGCUUGACAUCCAGUCAACACAUCCAUAGUAAACGUACUUAGUGCUUUUACGGCCAUUGUCAUGGUUAUGGCUACUAAUCAUAGCUUUACAUCCAGUCAACGCAUUCAUAAUACAAGUACUUGGUGCUUUUACAGUCAUUAUCAUGGUUAUGGUUACUAACCAUAGCUUGACAUCCAGUCAACACAUCUAUUGAAGACGUACUUAGUACUUUUACAGUCAUUAUCAUGGUUAUGGCUAUUAACCAUAACUUGACAUCCAGUCAACACAUCCAUUGAAGACAUACUUAGUACUUUUACAGCCGUUGUCAUGGUUAUGGCUACUAACCAUAGCUUGACAUCCAGUCAACACAUCCAUUGAAGACAUACUUAGUACUUUUACAGCCGUUGUCAUGGUUAUGGCUCCUGACCAUAGCUUGACAUCUAGUCAACACAUCCAUUGAAGACAUACUUAGUACUUUUACAGCCGUUGUCAUGGUUAUGGCUCCUGACCAUAGCUUGACAUCUAGUCAACACAUCCAUUGAAGACAUACUUAGUACUUUUACAACUAUUAAGUACAGUAUAUUUAUUGUAAUAUGAAUUGAUGAUAUCUUAGAUUCAUUUUUGUUUGGUUUAAAAAUAAUGAUUCAGCCAAUACGUUGAAGUUUUAUUUUUUUAGUAAACACCAAACUUCAUACUUUUUGUUACAAAGGUAGUUCAAGCUAAAUGCUGAAUAUAAUAAUAUUGUUCUAAAUAAUUAGUAGGUUACUGAAUCCAAUGUAAAAAAAUCAGUGACUGAACAUCAACACUAUCACAGUUGCUUUGAGAGGCUAGAUUUGUCAUAUGUACAUCAUAUUUGCUGGUAUUCUAUUGGAUAGCAGAGAGUUUAUGUACAAAUUACAAACAAAACCAAUAUUCGUUAAUCAACUUGAAUUAUCAAAUACAUUUCAAUCAUUAGUAUGAUGUUUGUCAAAUACAUAAAAGUGCAUUGUCUUGUACUUGAAAAUAUUGCACUAGCAAUCGAAACAUUUUAUCUAAAUUUAAAUUAGUUUAAUAAUAGAUAUUUAUUUCCCACUACAAUUUGUUGUCCAAAGUGAAUAAUGAUGAUUCUUAUUUGAUUACGAGUUACAGCUUUUACAAUAUGGAAGAAUAUGUUUAAAGCAGUUACGAUGUUUCGAUCACUUAACUAUGUGAUCAUUCUCAAGUACACAAGUUUUAACGGUAAAGAAUGUUUUAGUAUUUAAACCAACAUUUAACAGUCUAACAAUGUAUUUAAAUUCUAGAAUUCAUAGUAUACAUAUCAAUCAGCAUGAAUUGACAGAUUAUUUAUUUGUGGCCGAACAAAAAAAACCUGAAGUGAAUGAGUAAGUAAACUCAAAAUGAAACUGUUAAUACUGAUUAACUAAUAAUACUGUUUAAGGAACUAUAAGAAGCUGUCAUUUUUGUGGGUUGUUUUUCCAUAACUCAUCCAUGUGGGAAGGUUUUCAAUUAAUUUUAUAUUUUUAGUCAGCAUAGACUGGCUUUGCCUAGCUAUUUUUAAUGCUAAUGAUUUCUAGCUACAAGCCUUCUUGUCUUUCUCUUCCCUGUUAUUAUUGGCAAUAAUUUUUAUUAGUUGCUGUCCCACUGGAUGUUUUUCAUUAGUCACUACUCUACUGGAUGUAAGUAUAAUGUAAUAUACAAAGAUUGAAAGGAGGAAGGGGUAUUGUUAAUUUUACUGUUAGCUGUCUGUACUUUUUGCAUUAGUUACUUGUUCACUUAGCUCCUAUUGGAGAAAAUAGCAGGAAACUUUCAUCAUCAUUAUCAUGUGUGUGAAAUACAUCUUAUUUUUCCCCUUUUUAUUAGUUUUUAUGAUUAGCAAAUGUGGAGUUUCUUGGGUAAAAACAGGACUAAAAUACUUAAAUGAAAAUAAUGUGAAAUGUGCAUUGCAUGAAACUGUAAUACUCGUAACUUGAGAAGAAUUAUUCUGAAUCUCAGUAACAAUGAUGAUCAUAACAGAUGUGUAAGUACAUUGUGAAUAUUCAUACAUAAACAGAUGUGUAAGCAUAUUGUGAAUAUUCGUACAUAAACAGAUGUGUAAGCACAUUGUGAAUAUUCAUACAUAAACAGAUUUGUAAGCACAUUGUGAAUAUUCUUACAUAAACAGAUGUGUAAGCACAUUGUGAAUAUUCGUACAUAAACAGAUGUGUAAGCACAUUGUGAAUAUUCGUACAUAAACAGAUGUAUAAGCACAUUGGGAAUAUUCGUACAUAAACAGAUGCAUAAGCACAUUGUGAAUAUUCAUACAUAAACAGAUGCGUAAGCACAUUGUGAAUAUUCAUGCAUAAACAUGUGUAAGCACAUUGUGAAUAUUCGUACAUAAACAGAUGUGUAAGCACAUUGUGAAUAUUCGUACAUAAACAGAUGUGUAAGCACAUUGUGAAUAUUCGUACAUAAACAGAUGUGUAAGCACAUUGUGAAUAUUCGUACAUAAACAGAUGUGUAAGUGCAUUGUGAAUAUUCGUACAUAAACAUGUGUAAGCACAUUAUGAAUAUUCAUACAUAAACAUGUGUAAGCACAUUAUGAAUAUUCAUACAUAAACAUGUGUAAGCACAUUAUGAAUAUUUGUACAGAAACAGGUGCAUAAGCACAUUGUGAAUAUUCAUACAUAAACAGAUGUGUAAGCACAUUGUGAAUAUUCAUACAUAAAUUAUCUAGUGAAAUGGUACUUGGAUUACACACUUCAUAUCUUAUAAGAUUGAGGUAUUUAGUUUAAUUUGAACUGUAAUAUAUUGCUAACAUCUUAGCACCUUCAGCUUGUCAACUUAAAUGUGUUCAUUGUUGUUUGUUUUGGGACCUUAUAUAUAUAUAUAUAUUAUUUAAUUUUUUGGUCAAUUUAUGGACUUUUAUAAUUGCAGUUCUUCUGUUUCAAAAAUUGCAUUAUAGCCAGUACUAAAAAAUUUCUUGGAAAUCUUUACAUGAAAUUUUAUAUUUUAUUCAAAUAAAUAUAUUUUACAUAUAUUUCAUUCUUUGAAUAUUCUAGUUCAAUGACGUAGUGUGCAUGUAACUUGCAGGAGAAACUCAACAUUAUUAAAGCGAGUUACUACAUGUGCAAUAUUAUUAUUUUUUUAAAUGCAAGAGAUACAACUUUAUAGAAAACACUUGUGUUUUGAUUUAUGACUUAAACUUAAAUAUAAACUAAAGUUGCAUUAAAUUUAGUUAACUUUGUAUAAAGAAUGUUUUUAGUUAGAAAUCAAUAUAUUUAUAUACUACAUUUUUAAGUGAGCACAAAAUGGACUUGUUCUUUUAAAUGAUGUAAUACUUGAAUACAUUUUGUGUCUCUAUUCAAGAAAAAAGAAUAAUAACUGCAAGAGUUUUUAAGUAGUAUUUUUGGUUAGAUUUAUUAAAUUGUUUCGUGUGCAGAGCAGAUGUUUCUUAGUUAAUUCUGUUUAUUGAAAGGCUCCAUCUACAUUAUAAUAGCAGUAACCAGAGAUAUUUGUGAGAUUUCAUUUAGCAAAUCAAGAAGUAACAGGAAUAAGGUUGUGACUUGAAAGGAAAGGAAAUGUUUUAUAUAAAUAUAUUUAUAGCUCAUAAUGUUUUGGAAGGUGAAUAUAUUAAGAAAUAUAUAUUUGUAUACAUAGAAAGUGAAUGUUGUCAUAUUUAUUGAAACAAGUUUACAUAAGAGUAAUUUCUUUGGAGUGAUCAUCAAUUUAAAUUCACACCCAAGAUUAAUAAAGUAUUUAAUAUUUUUUCACUAAAACUUGAAAGAAAAACUUUGGUGGUUUUGUUUAAUACCAGAAUUUGUUUUAACCAGUUUCAGUAUAAAUAUAUAAUAUUGUAUUUUGUGACACCCCUAUUAAUUAAUUGUUAUGUUCAACUUGGUGGAUACAGAUGAGGAAAGAAACAUUUUCUCUGCUCCCUAGAAAGUAAAAACAUGUUAUUAAAAGCUAGUGUCAACUAUAAUCUUAAACCAGAAAAUAAUUAUUCUGUUUAUAGUUAUGGUUCAUAAAUUCUAUAAUGUCCUAUUUUUCUACAAGUUUCAGUUAAGUAUAUGUGAGCAUUCUUUCUCAUGAUGUCUCCGAAAUGUUGUUUAUGCUUCAGUAUUUCAAAUUCCUUGAUUAAAUAAAUUGCAUGUUUUGAUCAAUAAUACAUGAUUAUUCCAUGUGAAAAGCAGAAACUCAUUGUUACCACACAUAAGUUUUUUUAAGAAGGUCAAAUGAUUACUGACUGUGGCAUUUUGUUAUUAUUAUUUAUCUUUGAACUAUAGUCACUCACACACACCAUCAUUAAAUUCAUUCUUGUUAUAUAGAAAAAGAUAAGUGGCCAUUCUAAAUUGUUAUAUAUACCUUCUAUAACAUGUUACAAGUUGUUUAUCCUUCUUAUCUCUUAUUUAAAAACCUGUACCUCACUACCACUAGUUAAAACAUCAUCAUACAAAUAUAUGUUUAACUUGAGAGAUUAAUAUAUAUAAUGUUUGUUAAAUUUAAAACUUUGUUAAAUUCAUUCUAAGACCCUUUUCUGAUCCAAACAAAAAUCUAAGAGUAAAGUUUUGUGGAACACCGUGUAUUACAGCCAGACAUUUCACACAGUCCAUUGUUAAGGUAUCAAACUGUGAAGUGUUUAAUAUAGUGUACACUGGCUAGUACAGCUAGAAAAUUCACAAAUCCCAUUGCUAAGGUACCACACUAUAUAGUGUUUAAUAUAGUGUACACUGGCCAUUAUAGCCAGACAUUGUUAAGGUAUUGCAUUUUGAAGUAUCUAAUAUAGUGUACACUAGCUAUUAUAGCCAGACAGUUCACACAGUAAAUUGUUAAGGUAACAAAGUGUGAAGUGUUUAAUAUAGUGUACACUAGCUAUUAUAGCCAGACAGUUCACACAGUAAAUUGUUAAGGUAUCAAAGUGUGAAGUGUUUAAUAUAGUGUACAUUUCACACAACCUAUUGUUAACGUACCACACCAUGAACUGUUCAAUGACAUAUUAAGUGUUAUAAAACUGCUUUUUGUUUCAACAGUUGUUACUUUGAAAUGUACAGUGUUGUUACAAGUUUUCAGUUUGUGUAGAGUGAGUGAUGCUUUUUUAAAUGUUUUAAAAUGACUAAUUAGUGUUGUUGUGUUUUUU